UGCGGGGAGGAGGCAGGCCCGGCCCACUCAGUCGGGGAGAGCGGGGCUGCCCUGCGCCGUGCCCUGCCGUGCCGCCCGGCCCGUCGCGUUCCGUUAGGCCGCCAUUUGCACCGACCCUGGGCCGCGGCCCUUCUCGGGGCAGAGGGCAUCCGGCUAUGCCGCACUGCGGCUUGCUGCCGGUGCGUGGGGCAGUGGGGGGCUGCUCGUAACCCUGCCGGUGGGAAGGUAUGGGGCAUGGAGGUGAACAUGGCCAUGGCCAUGGCCGAACAGAGCUGCCCGACUACAGGCAGUGGAAGAUAGAGGGUACUCCACUUGAGGAGGUCCAAAGGAGGUUGGCCAAACGGGGUCUCAGGGAUCCAUGGGCUCGUAAUGAAGCCUGGAGGUACAUGGGUGGCUAUGCAAAACCUGCCACUUUAACAGAAGUCUUUACCAGGGGACUCAAGUGGGGAUUUGCAGCUUUUGUCGUUGCUCUUGGCAUUGAGUAUGCCCUGUUUCCCCCAAAGAAGAAUGGAGGACAUCACUGAAGAUCAAAUAUAACAGUUCUUUUCACUACUAAAAUGUACAAAAGCCUGCUGCCCACUGUGCUUAUAAUGUGCAUAUAAAAGUCUAUCACAGGUAAAAGCGUGUUGCCUUGCUUCUGUUACACUUUUAUAAAAGGAUCGAGAAGCCAGAGCUAUUUCCCUGACUUCGGUCUAGGGAAGGAAAACAAGGAAUAUAUAUACUCUUGGGCUUGCUGUACCAUCUUUUAAAGGGAAGCAGCCCCGCUCUUUCAAAUCCUGCCAACAUCCUACUGAAUGAAAUUGAGAAAGUGUGAUGCUUUUGAGCAAAAAAUUCUAUUUUACUCCUUACAGAUUUAAUAGCUGUUAUUGCAGGUAAGGGAUCCUGCAGUAGUUAUUUUUUAAAAGUAUAACUUAUCCACUUUUGUCUUUCAGUAAGAAAAAAAUGCUACCUUAAAGCUUUAAAAAGUAUCCAAAACUGCCUAGAAGUGUGUGAAAAUACCAAACCUUUUGCUUAAUCAUAUUGAAUCCACUAAGUUACAGAUACUGUGCACCAACAUAAUCUGUUCUUUGUAACAUCCAGAAAUUAAAACUCAUGUUUCUACCACAUUUACUAAGCAAAGUAGUGUACAUUUCAUUCAGCAAUAGCUGUACCUUAUCUUAGUAUAACCUCCAAUACACUUGAGUGUAAAUAAAAGAAACUGAAAAUAGAGAACAGUUGUUUUUUCUGGUAUACAAUUCCAGUUAUAAUUUUGCAUUAAUACGGCUUUCUUAUACUAUUUUUUAAAUAUAUCAUUUCUCUUUGCAUUAUUCUUCCUAGAGCGCUUUUUGGAUGCCUGGGGUGAGGGCACAUAGUAAAAAAAGAGCCUUUGCAGAGCUAGGAAUUAGCACUGUCUGGAUAUCCUAUUUUAUAUCUUUGUUAUGCCCUCAGUAAGGAAAGAAAAGGCAGUUAUACUACGUUUUCAAUUCAGAUAAUAGGGUACCUAUCACUAAAAAGAAAGCAAAACUGAUGCUACAUACCAGUAGAUAAUUACAGUGUACAUCCACUGUGAAUAAAGUGGAAAGUUUU